CCUAUAGCGUGGAAGUGCUGGGUCCUUCAAGUGGAUUGUUAUCGCGUGCGUCGCGAUUACGACGCGGAAGGAUUCCAUCAGCGUGAGCGAGCCUUCUCCAAGGGGGACGCAAGUGAGACGCUUGGAAAUUCCCUUUCUAUCACUCACCUUCACUUUUUGAGAUGUCAGAUGAAUCUCAAGCGGGCCGAAGUGCUGGAGAGGCGAGACUGGAAAGCUAUGAAAGAAUAGGAGAGUUGGACAUUCGAAAACACCUUAAAAUAUACUUCGGGGCAGAUGAUAAAAGAUCCCUGAUCGACGCUACCAAAGAAUAUGUGAAGUUGCACUACCCCUAUGCCUACACUAAGGCCUUUUCCUUACCCGAGGAAUAUAUCUUGAAUAAGCGAUCAUUCAACAAGCUGCACCAAACAGCGAGGAAGGGUAAAGAAGAUGUAGACAUGCCUUCAGAUGAGCGCUCAGUUGCCAUGGUUUUCGAUGAAGUCAAGAAAGCAUUCAAGGACGUGCCAUCCCUCACAGUUUGCGACUAUGCCUUCACAGACACAUUUCUCAAGGGAAUCAAUCAACAACAGAAGAAGAAGUUCACAUCAUUUGUGGACCUCCCCCGCAACCCCUUUCAGCUUUUCUCUGAGAAUGAAGCACAAAUGAAGAAGUUGCUGGUGAUUCUAUCUCCCAAGCAAAGGGAACUUGUAAACUCUACGGAAAAAGUAAUUCUCAUAUGCGGAGGUCCAGGCACCGGAAAGACUCUAGUGGUGAAGAAAAGAGCUGAAAAGUUGGCAGAAAAUAGUGCUGUGCUGCUGAUAAAUAUGGCUGGAGGAUUCUUGACAGAAGAAUUCCGAUGUGACUUCGAAGUCAAUCCGUUGAGAAGUGCUUACAGAGUAAAUCUCAAAAGACAGCUCUAUAAGCUCAGUGUGACGCGGGCUGUUUUCAACAAUUUGGAUAUGGCUACAAGCGCUGAGAACUUUCGCUUCAAUGCGUUCACGUGGUUCAAACUUGGCAUUGCGGCCGCUGCCUGUUACAGGGAACUGGUCCCUGUCCGUCCAAGGUCCACCCAGACACCAGAGCUUCUCGAGACGGUGCAAGAACUGGUGGUUGAAGACUGCCUAGUGACUACUCGAGAGCUGGAUGAGUGGCUCGACGUUGGCAAGAGUACUGUCCACGAGGUGCUCACACAAGACCUGCAAUUGCACAACAAAGCAUCAGUUUGGGUACCGCACCGACUGUCUGAGGACAACAAAGCGGAUCGCAUCAACGGGAAUGAGAAAAUCGAGAUACUUGACGGGAGAGACACGGAUCUGCAACUGGACCUUGGAGAAUUAAUUAAGUUUCUGCUAGAGAGAGGGAAGGAAAAACACGUUCUUCUGGAUGAAGUCCCCAUCACCCUAGGUUUCCAGGGUGUCCUCUACUCAGAAACCCUUUCCAACCACUGGAAACAGAUUGUGGACAUGUCUCCUCAUGUGAAGUCGGUCACUGUCUCCUUUCGACCCAAUGAUCAGUCUUACACAAGAGAUUUCCUUCUCCAGGAAGUGAAACCCGGCGGUUAUCAGAUUGAAGUCCUUGAAGGAGUGAAACGAAAUAGCAGAAAUAUAGCUGAGUUAUUCUUGGCAAUUAUGGAUUACUCCCGCCAUACCUUCACAUCCCUUGAGAGGACGUUUCCAAUAGAUAUGAGAGUGUCUGAGAGGGAAUUCCUCCCAGUGCUCUUUCCAAUCCCCUCCUGUUUCUCAUUACACGCAGGACAUUGCAGGGACAAAAACAUAUGCGAGGCAGUGAGGGCGUCUUAUGCCAUUAGCAUUAUUUACGAGGAAUGCUCUCAGUCCUUGAAUAAUCUCCCGAUUUUCGUCGUGGUUGAUUCUUACGAGAGAUGGAAUGCUCUUGUGAAGAUACUUAUUUUCUCAUUCGACUCCCUCCCUGUGCAUUUUCAUGACUCGGGUUCGUACUGGGGAGGGAAAGGUAUUACCAUCAGAGAGAGUUUCCGUGGGAAGCAGGUCCCAGAUGGCUCCGUACCCAUCGUCGUUGUCACUCAAGACGAAAUAAUGGGAUGUCACCUGAAGAACAAGACAGUGAUAUUAGAUUUCCCUGAUUCGCAAUGGAAGAACUACAUCCGAUUGAUAGUACCCAAUGGCGAAAACAUGAUCGUCGUGUUAGAAGAAGAAGAGUUGAGGACGGGGAAGUUUUCUCGUAUCCUAAAAGAAGUAUCUCAAUGGAAUAAGGGAAAGCUUGAUGAAAAAGACCUUCAUCGAAGGCUGGAAAUGGCGUGGCUAAAAUUCACUGAUGAGGAAAUAAGCCGGAUCAUGGACGGACUCGAUUCUGCAUCCUUCCCAUCUUUGGAAAUGGAUCGAGAUGAAUAUAUAGAAGCGGAUGUUGCACAUGUGAAGAAGAUGAGUGAAUGCUGGCUCACUGGAAUCUUUGGAUACCCAGGCUCAGGAAAAUCGAGGAAAGUGUGCCAGUUGAUUCGCCAAGUGAUGGAACAAAAGGGUCAAUUCUUCAUUCUCCACUGCGGAAGUACUCUGGCUGUGGGAGCGUACCGACGAAGCUUGGGGACAAUGGCUACCUUGGAAAUUGAUAAAAUAGGUUCAAGUGAUGUCAACUCUCUACAGGCCAUCUUUAAACGUACGGAAAAGAUUCUGAAGGAGAAGCGCGAAAAAAAUGUGCUUGGGAUGGAGGAGGAAGGUAAGGAAUCGGAUCCUGUGGUUGUGGUCGUCGAGGAUUGCCCAUUAUUGAAAGAACUUCACGGAGCCACAACGAAGCUGAAAGCUAUGAAUAUGAGGCUCAUCCUCGUCUUUAAACCUCAUUCGAGAGAGGUUUCAAGAGACAAGGUUGAUGAAACUAUAAAAGUCCUAAACGAGAACCAAGACAGUACCGCAAUUGUACUUCAAUCUCAACCCAUAAAUGUGCAUCUUCUGAAGCAUAUUCAAGAAAACGAGACGAGGACAACGCUUAAUUUGGAAGCGAAGAGUUUGCCUGUAUCUUCCGUGCCUGCCGCCAUAGUCUUAGGUCCAGUAGUACGGUAUUUCAAGUGCUCAGGGCUACAUUUAGGAUACAUCUGCAAGGGGAAGGAUAAGUGCUUCAAAUCUGUAGCAGUUGCUUCGGCUCUUCGGCUUGCAGCCCUUUCGAAGAAGAUCGAAAGGGCUGCAAGCCGAAGCCGAAAACUGGCUCAUAUCCUGGUAUCAGAUGAGGAUUUGCUUAGGUCCUUGGAGUCCCUUAACUCCAGUCCUGAUGUCCAAGUAGUACACCCAAAUGACUUCCGCGGGUGUGAGACUUCAGGCGUCAUUUCCGUGAACGUGAGUGACGAUUGGUUACUUGAAGUCAUCUCCCGUUCCAGGACUCAACUCAUCAUCAUUGACAUCAUCCCCGACCAUAAUGACCUCUGGAAGACUAUGAGUCGAGAAGAACAUGUACAGGUUUGGGAUGGACCCUCACCUAUUGACUUUGAAGCUCAGCCAGGAAUUGUUCUGAAACUUGAUGAGAAGGAGAGGUUCUUGGGGGAGCCGACCUGGAACAACGCUGGGGAGAGAAUUGGGGAGGAAGCAGUGAGAAAGGAAUUAAUUGACCCGAAGACGGGCACUAUCCUUUGUCUCCCUCCUGAGACAUGGGAGACGCUGAACGACACUCUACUUUUACCCUCAUCUUCCUCCCCUUUCGCCGAUUGGGGAUACGCUUGGGAUGGAUGUGAAGCGGAAGUACCCCAUGUUAAUGAUGAUAAUCAGAGGGCAAUCUUCGAGAUGCUUAAAGAGAAGGGGGUGAAAUGGGAGCCGGAGCAGAGGCCCCCAGUGGCCCUCAAGGGACAGAGCAAUGGUGUAGGAUUCCUGGAGUCUCUUUCCCUCACUUUCACUGGAUCCCUCCUGCAUCUUCCUCUCCUCAAGAAGAUUCUGGUGGAUGAUGAUCCCGGAGACCCUUUAUCUCAAGUGAACCUGGCAGUGGAGAUUCUCAGAAGACCCAUUGUCCUUAUCGGAAAAGAAAGAUCUGAUGUUUUUCUCCCCAAGGAAAGACAUGAGAAAGGGGAGCUACGGGGUAUUCUGCUCUUUUGUGAGAAUCACUCCAGUGCCCUCACCAUCUUCCCAAUCGUUCCUCAUCGCAAUAAACUUGAAUCAGAGGAGAAAGAAUAUAUCCUUGAAGACCUUGGCGCCUCACAAUAUGAAAUGAAAGUUUAUGAAUCACUUCCAGAAGGAUCUAAAUUCAACACAUUAGACCAUAGACUUCCUACACCAAGGAAAGGCCGGAUCUUGCGCUAUUUCGACAAAAAUCUUCGAUAUGAAUCUCGUAUUCUCGAGAGAUGCUUCAACGAGCUUGGGGAACACAACACUCUGAUACUCCUGGAAAGGUUUGGUGAGGAAGACAAGUUUCCUGCCCACCAUAAUAUCUAA